GUGUACCCCUGCAACAUGGAAGCCUUGCAUGCCCAGGCCCGCGGGGAAAGGGGCAGCAGAGGCGUGAGGGCUACGUGUGGAGCACACUCAGUGCUGCCCGAGGUCAGGGUGAGGUCCAUGAAGCCAAAGGCUCCAGGAGGUUUCUCUGAGGCAGCGGGACCCAGCCAGGCCCCAAAGCAAGGACCACCCAGAGCACAGGGCUGCGGAGGGUGGCUUGAGCCCAUCUGAGUCUUGACUGGGACUACGUUUCCUGUGUUUUUCAGCUCUUGACAGCAGGGUGGAGAAAUGUCUGCAGGUGGGGAGGUGACAGCCAUGCACUGGGGAGACUUAAGUAUGGAGCUGUAGGUCGCCUUUGCUUUCUGCCUUUUCCUAGAAAAAAUUUCGGGAGGGAUGAGAUGAGAAUACCCAGGGAUGGUGCUGGAAAGGCAGGAAGAGAGGCUCAGGUGGGGAAGGGUGGGGAGAGGCUGGAGCAGGAAUCUGGGCUGGAGAAAGCAGAGCAGGCUGGAUCAGGGAGGAAGGAGGAUGGAGAGAAGAUAGGACACCCAGCAGCGGGGGAGAACGUGGCCCCGAGGGCAGGAGGAAGCCAUCCACUCAGCCCGGUGACCUGGUACUAUCUCCACCCCACAGGCUCUCCAGACCCAGGACAAGCUGAUGGGCAGGAUUCAUGUGUACCCAGAGCAACCCUGGGACAGAGGUUUUCACAAAGCCUUUAGACUUCUUGAAGCUUCCGCUGAAGGCUCAGCACAGUUUGGAUCUGUUUGGGGAGUCUGAACCUACAGGCGUUAAGAGGUCUUCACAGUUACCAGCGUCUGCUGAUAAAGGGUGCAUCUUCCCGUGGCUGCCGAGGUGUAGCGGCAGAGGAAGUGGGCUCAGCCAGCACCGCUCAGGUCGCAGGUCUCCACUGAGGCCGAUGAAGCUCUGACCAAGGGCAUCUGAUCCUCCGCAGCUGUCGGCCCUGCAGCCACAGCCACAAGUCUAUGCCCGGCCCCCGCUUGCUCUGGGACUCUGUGCAGCCUCCAGGCCCCCGCCGUGGAGACUGGAGAUGAACGCGAAGCCAGCACGCGGGUGCGCCCCCUGAUGCUCCCGGCCUAGCUCCUCCUCGCCCUUUGGCACGAUGCUGGCCAACUUCUCGGCCAACGACUCUGAUCUCAGGUGCCCGGACCACCAGCCCAUCCACCACCUGCACUUGGUGGUCUACAGCCUGGUGCUGGCGGCAGGGCUCCCCCUCAACGCGCUGGCCCUCUGGGUCUUCCUGCACGCGCUGCGCGUGCACUCGGUAGUGAGCGUGUACAUGUGCAACCUGGCGGCCAGCGACCUCCUCUUCACCCUGUCGCUGCCCUUGCGCCUCUCCUACUAUGCGCAGCACUACUGGCCCUUCUCGGACCUCCUGUGCCAGCUGGCGGGCGCCGUCUUCCAGAUGAACAUGUACGGCAGCUGCAUCUUCCUGACCCUCAUCAACGUGGACCGCUACGUCGCUAUCGUGCACCCGCUGCGGCUGCGCCACCUGCGGCGGCCCCGCGUGGCGCGGCUGCUCUGCCUGGGCGUGUGGGCGCUUAUCCUGCUGUUCGCCGUGCCCACCGUCCUGGUGCACCGGCCCUCACCCUGCGCCCGCGACGGCCGCUGGGUGCACUUGUGCUUCGAGAACUUCAGCGACGAGCUGUGGAAGGGCAGGCUGCUGCCGCUCCUGCUGCUAGCCGAGGCGCUGGGAUUCCUGCUGCCCCUGGUAGCCGUGGUCUACUCUUCGGUCCGUGUCUUCUGCAGCCUGGCGCGGCCCGACGCCACGCGGAGCCAGCGGCGGCAGAAGACGGUGCGCCUCCUGCUGGCCAGCCUGGUCAUCUUCCUGGUGUGCUUCGUGCCCUACAACGCCACGCUGGCCGUGUACGGGCUGCUGCGCGGCCACGUGGUGCUGGCCAGCCCGGCGGCGCGCAACCAGGUGCGCGGGGUGCUGAUGGUCAUGGUGCUGCUGGCCGGCGCCAACUGCGUGCUCGACCCGCUGGUGUACUACUUCAGCGCCGAGGGUUUCCGCAACACCCUGCGCAGCCUGAGCUCUCCGCUCCGGGCCAGGACCUCGGCCACCAACGGGGCUCGGGGGGCACUCGCCGAACCAACCGCUGAGACCUCCCACGCCACCGUGCCGGCCGCCGCCAGCCAGGGGCUGCUCCGGCCCUCCGACCCCCGGGACUCCUUCACCCGGUGCUCCGAGGACUCGUCCCUCUGAACGCACGUCGUGCCAGAGCGCGGUCCCCUCACCCCACCCCCACGUCUCUCGCACUCGCAGACACGCAGGGUGUGUGCACAGCAGGGCGGUGGGUUGGGCACUUGGACUUCUGAGCGGCAGCUCCAGCUCACAGAUGCAGAAGGGAACAAAGUGUGGGGGGCAGGGGCCCGGGGAGGGAAGAGCGCGGCUGCAAACGUCUUUAACUAGGUGGUGAUGGCGAGCGCAGAAGGACCUCUUCCUUAGUACCUAGGAAGUGCUGCCGUGAGCCUGCCCGUGCAGAGGCGGGAGACUGGAUGAAAUGCCCUUGGCGGGGCAUGAAACACGGCCCGGCCCGUAGCUGGUAGCUGGAGCAGAAGAUGGGUGUCCUGCGUUUAGACCGACCACAGAGGUCUUUGGGCCAUGGACGCCACCCACUCCCCUUUCCACCUGGGCUCUGCCUGCCCAGCACUGAGGCGUAAUGUAAAAGCGUAUUGGAUGCCGGCUGAA